UGGUUUGAACUGAAGCCAAGAAUAAAGUGCUGUCCCUUUUGGUUUACUGACAUGCUCUCUUUAAAUCAUGAUGUUAUCGAGCCCUAUACCCAGGCCCAGAACCUAAUCAUGGCUUCAAUUUACACUUCCCAUUAAUCUAAAGAUCUAUAGUAUACACACAUUUUAUGUGAAAUAUAAAGGAAAAUUAGUCUUGGAUACCAGUAUUCUAGCCUCUCAUUUUAUGCCCUCCAGUUUUUUCCCUCCUCCUCCUAUGAUACAACUCAGUACUUUGUUCAUUUUGCCAGUCUAGACCUGUAUCUUGAGACCACACCCCAGCCAACUCACUCUCCACACCCCUUUCCUCUCAUUGCCCCUUCCAGGGCUCUUCUCAUUUGGCCCCACCUGGCUGGGCUGCCUGGAACAGAAAGACUAUCCCCUCCUAGUGAAGGGAGGAGUGGGGGGUUCAGCUCCACCCGCAGGAAGAUGCAACUUCCCCCUCCCCUGCUCUGUGGAACUUCCUCUCUGGCCAACUUAGCUGACAGCACCCAGACCCAGGGCCAAUCCCCUGGCACUGAGACAGAUCGAGUGAUCUGCUGUACCACCUAGCCCUGACCUUGGGAUUGCCACCAGCUUCCAACCGGUGUCUGGCAAAACUUGUAUGUCCUUGUGAUGGACACGAACACUACAACUCGUGCAGCCCCCUCCUCAGGAGGUGACACUUUCAUACAUCUGUUGGCUAUGAUCCUGUUGUCUGUGUCGCUGGCUCUGGGGCUUCCUGGCAACACCUUUGUGGUGUGGAGCAUCCUGAAAAGGAUGCGGAAGCGAUCAGUCACUGCCCUGAUGGUGCUGAACCUGGCCCUGGCUGACUUGGCCGUGCUGCUCACCGCUCCCUUUUUCCUACACUACCUGGCCCGGCGCACCUGGAGUUUUAAACUGGCUGGCUGCCGCCUGUGCCACUAUAUCUGUGGAGUCAGCAUGUACGCCAGUGUCCUGCUCAUCACAGCCAUGAGUCUGGAUCGCUCCCUGGCGGUGGCCAGUCCCUUUCUGUCCCAGAAGGUGCGCACCAAGGCGGCUGCUCGGUGGCUGCUGGCAGGCAUCUGGGUGGCAUCCUGCCUGCUGGCCACGCCAGUCCUCGCGUUCCGCACGGUGAAGGAGUUGAAGGAGGUGGUGGUGUGCAUCACAGCGUACCCGAGCGACAGGCACAGGGCCUUUCAUCUGUUCUUCGAGGCCUUCACGGGAUUCGUGGUGCCCUUCCUGGUGGUGGUGGGCAGCUACUCCGACAUCAGCAGACGGCUGCGGCUGCGGCGCUUCCGUCGCAGCCGCCGCACCGGCCGCCUAGUGGCGCUCAUCAUCCUGGCCUUCGCGGCUUUCUGGCUGCCCUACCACGUGGUGGACCUGGUCGAGGGGAGCCGCGCUCUGGCCGGGACGCUGGCCCAGUCCGAGAGGCAGCUGUUCAGAGCCCGCUCCGUGUGCAUCGCACUGGCCUUCCUGAGCAGCAGCGUGAACCCACUCCUGUACGCGUGCGCAGGCGGCAGCCUGCUGCGCUCGGCCGGCGUGGGCUUCGUGGCCAAGCUGCUGGAGGCCACCGGCUCCGAGGCGUUCAGCACCCGCCGCGGGGGCACCCUGGCUCAGACUGUGAAGGGCGCCCCCACGGCUCCAGAGACUGGCACCGGUGAAAGCCUGGACGCUCUCAAGCAAAGCGAAUCAGACUAGACCUGGUACGAGGACACUCAAUUUCCUCCUAGCGGAGCACCCCACACUUUCUAACCUAAUUCAGUUCUGUACUGGGAGGAGAACGGGCGUGGGCAGCGGAGUGGAGAAGAAGGAGGAGGAGUGGGGCAAAUGAGGGCAGAGAGAGAGAAAGAGAGAGAGAGAGAGAGACAGAGACA